AUGCUACAGGUCGCGCAGAGCGCAUGCUCGGGCGCAUGCGCGGGGCCCAGUUUUACUCCCUCUCUCAGGCGACACGAAGUAGCGGACAUCUCAUUCGGCUUCGACCUCGGCCUCGAGAGCCCCGACGCCGCCGCCGCCGCCGCCGGUGGUUCUCCGCCGCGCCUGCCGCCGGGACCCCAGCAGCGCACGACGCCCAACUCGUCGGCCAAGAGGCGCCGCCUGAACAGCUCGCAGCCCCAGGAGCAGCUCGGCUCCGCCGCGCCCGUGCCCGGCUCCGGCGGCACGCGUUCGCAGCCGCGCCGCGCGGCCAAGAGCAGCAGCCCCUACGACAUACCCGAGUUCAGCGAGGAGGAGAGCGCGGGCGCGAGGGCGGCGGGCGCUGCGCCCGCGGCGACGGGGCCGAGCCCUAGGCUGGGAGGCCUGACGCCGCGGCAGGCGGGGGUGCUGGUCGAGGAGGUGGGCGAGAGCCCCGCGGACGCGCCGGGGAGCGGGUCGCGGAGGAGGGUGCGCAUCAGCGGCGCGGCGUCCCAGAGCGCGGCGCUGCAGAGUGUCAUCGGCGGGAGUGGAGGGCGGCUCGGCGGCCAUGACGACGACGACGAAGAUCCCGUGGCUGUGUCUUCACCGCUGACCCGUAUGUCGAGGAGGAGCGAAGCGGCGUCCGCGAGGUCGGGGCGGACGAAUCUACGGAGGGUGACGCGUGUGUCGCCUACGGCCGGGGAGGAAGUGGAUGAGCUGUCCCCCGUCAGCGCCGCGGCGGAAGCACCACAUCAGGAUGGCGGAUCAUCACCUCCACUCGGGAGGCCAUCUGCGCGAAAGAGCGCCCAGGCAGCACAGUCGGCGGCGAGAUCAGCAGCGAGGAGACAGCCCCGAAGCCCUGCAGACCAGGGCGAGAUUGACGAGCUCUCACCGACAGCAUCUGUCGAAGCAGCAGCGCAAGUCCCGUCGUCAUCGCCGCUUGUACAGCGGUCAAGACGGCAAGGCCGCCCUGCCUCAGAAACCUCGGUGCGUUCGAGCACCAGGAAAAGCACGAGGCCGGCUGCACAAGCCGUAUCCGAGCCGGAUGAACUAUCGCCGGACCAGCCAGCAAAAGCGAAGCGAGGCCGGCCUCGCAAGAGCCAGGAAGAGCCCCCUCCUCAGCAGCAAGAGCCCGAAGAACCCGAAGAGGCGGAAGAGAUCGGCGAGAAGGAGGCUGCUGCGCGUCUGGGUCGGAAGAGGCCUCGCCGUAGCCUGCACGAGCCCUCGCCCGAGUUGGGUUCUCAGCCUAACAACGAGGAGCCAACUCCGGGCCCGAAGAGCCGCCGCAGGCAGGCAAAGCCCAGCCCCGCAAAGCAGAAACAGCCACAACAACAGAACCAGCGGCAAAGGAAGGGCGAAGGCAAGGCGCAAUCGCGGAAACGCAAGGCUGUCGAGGUCGAAGCUGGCGAGCCCGUCCCGGUGCAGGUACAAAGGUUCACGAGGAAGAUCCAUACGGCCGAGAACGACACGGACACGGACAUCCUGGCGGCGGACAUUCCUUACUCCAACCGUGCUGGCGUCAACGCCGUUGAUGUGCUCUCGCAGAUGUGCGAGGAGAUCAUCGACAUGACCCUCGAGAAGCUGCACGAGAACGCCGUCAACGCGGAGGACGCCGCGACGAAGCGGGAGUUCAGGGUCAAGCUCCGGGCGGUGGAGGCCUUCCAGGAGGAGUUGAGGACUCGACUCCUCGAGCAUACGAUCGCCCUGGAUACGCUGCAUGCGCUUAGGAAGCGCGUGCGGGCUGCCCAGAAGGACAAACUGGCUCUACGGGACGAGAUUCUGCGCAUCAGGGCCGAGCGCGAGCAGGUCGCGCUACGCAUGGACGCCACGAGGAUGCGGCAUGAAGCAGAGCGGAAAGAGGCACUGCAUCAUAUCGAACUGUCUUCUACCAUGCACGACAUCGACCUCGUCGUGGAGAAGGGCCAGGCGGCGCCGGAGCUGGCCCCGGCGGAGCUGAAAGUGGCGGAGCUGAACAACCUGGAGCUGUUGAUCAGCAGGGUGGCAGAUCAGGCGUGUAGCAAGAGCGAUGGUGGCGGCGUGUUGGGGCAUCUCAGGGGCUUCAACGAGUUCCUCGAGAGGGCGGCUGCUGUGCUGGAGGGCCGAUGA